AUGGACUAUUGGUCGAGAUAUAACACACUACUGAAGAAGAUAUACUGUCAGGAUGAAGAUCCAGUGAAAUUGAAGCAUGAACUGGGCAUAUUGGUAACGCAUGCAAAACUGUCUGAUGAUAGACACUUCAUUCAGAACGUUCUGAAACUAGCUGCUGUCAUUAAAUCCCAUAAUAAAAAAGAUAAAUUUCUAUGGCUUACUUCCAAGGUGGGCCAAUCUUUCUAUCCGCCGGUGAGUGUUGAUGAAGCUGCUCCUAUCCCAUGGAAUGACCUUGCGAAAUGCAACCUAAGGGUCUCACCACACUUGCGGGAGAAAUUUCCUAUAAAUGAGCCAUUGCAAGAAACAGAGGAUGCCUUUCUGGGAAUUGAACAAUGCCCGGAUAUUACUGAUUGUUCGCUAGUUGCAACAUUUAUAAAUAUGCAUAGAAGACAAAUGGAUUUAAAUAUUAUUAGACAAAUUCAACCAAAUGUAUAUCACAUGAACUUCCACUUCAACGGUGCAUCAAAUAGAUUAGUUACCGUUGAUGCAUCAUUAAUACCGACGCAUGCUAACGAUACAUUCCAGUUGACGAUGAAAAGCCCAAAUAAAGUCCUUAAAGUUGUGGAACUUGGUUAUUUAUUCCUCACUGCUGGCUCAUAUACUACAACUGGCUCAAAUGUAGUAUUAGAUACUUUUAGACUAACUGGAUAUUUACCGGAAAUACAUUUUGUGAAAGAUUUGUCGUUCAAGAAACUAUUUCAAUAUUUUGAGGACAAUAUCUCCAUGCUCGCAUUGGGUACUGGUGGAGACGAUUCCGAGCUACAACCCCCUUUCCUAAAGAAUCAUGAUUAUUCUAUCGUUGGGGCUGAUCAUGAUGCAAAGGUUUUGCAUUUACAAGACCCAUUGGACUCUACUUUGCAUAUCCAAAUCAAUGAAAGUCAGUUCCUCAGUAUUUUCCAUCAGUUAUACAUAAAUUGGAACCCAAACGCUCUUUUUGGAAUUGAAAAGAAACUUCAUUUCUUUUAUAACAAGGAAGCUUGCAACAAAUUUGAUUCAUGUUUCAGUAGACCGUUCUUUACCAUCCAGAAUAAAUCCACUAAAACCGAAGAAGUUUGGAUCUUACUGGAAGCUCAUUUAAAUGAUCCAAACACAGAAGCAGCAUUUUCUUCUUCUUCUUCUUCUUCCUGGAUAUCGUAUCUUGAAGAGGUACCGCAAGAUCUUACUGAAUUAUUCUUAUUUAAUAUUCAUAGUACCAAACCUGAAGGAGCUGUCGACAUUGGAUUGCAACUAUCGAAGCUUCAGAUAUCCCCCAAUUCAAAGAAGUCAUAUCUCUGUCAUUCUUCAUUGACAAACUCAUUCACAAUACACUAUUAUUCGAAUUCCUCAUUUAUUACCAUGAACAGAGAACUAGAAAAAAAAAUCUUUACAAGUUUACAAUUUGACAUACCAAACCCCUCUGAUAGAAAGGCCAGACCAUUGGGAUCACAUGAUUACUAUAAGAACCCCACAUUUGAAAUUGAACUAACUUCACCGCUUAAUGAAACUGUUUUUACCAAUUUAAAAUUAAUUGCUGCAGAUUCAAGAGAUAUAAUAAAUACACAAUUAUUUAUUGACCAUGAUAUGUCUUUCAAAAAACCUAUUCUGUAUGAUAUUAAUUAUGAACAAGGACAAUACACGAAGUUAAACGUCCCCUUAAUGACAAAUCAAAAAUAUACUGUUGUAACUUCAAGUUAUAAUGCAGUCAUAUCCAACAACUUUAAUCUAGUCGUUGGCACUUCAAACUCCAACGAAAAUGUAAAUAUCAGGAUGCAACGGAUAUACAAAGAAUAUGGUGGGUUGCCUUAUCAGGAAACAAUCCAUAAAAGUUGGAACGAAGACAGCAAUAGAGUAAAGAUCCAUUUAGAUAUUGUGCCGAAUAACCUUUGCUUUAUUCGAAUAGUUCCAAUAAUUCAAUCGCCUUUACUACGUGUCCGUUGUAACGUAUUUGAUGAAGAAACCGGUGAAAUCCUACAUAAACAAGAAACAUUUGAACCAGUUUCCCUGGGAGGCAUAGCUAUAGAUAAUCUGCAAAUUACUACAUCCACCUUGGUUGUUCUCAUUAUUGAGAAGGACGAUACUGCAGUUAAUGGUAAGAUAGUUGAAGUUCCUUUCCAGUUAUUGAUUGGAAGCCAGAAGAAAAUCAUUUAUAGACAGACAGACCAUAUUAGAUAA